CGCUUUGAAUAAACUAAAACCCGACCGACUCGCUUGAUACCUUACGUGUACGGUGUGCCGUACGGAGUACGUGAAACAUAGUAUACCCACUCUGCCAGGCGGUGAACAACGUUACGCUCAUAGCAAAAUCAGAGUCACUCACUCACUUCACUCGUCACGUUUUACUCUCAACUCGAACAAACCCUAACCAAAUUUCCUUCUCCUCUGUGACACUGUGAGUCUCAAAGAACCAGAAAUAAGUUCUGUUUGUGAUUGGGAUAACAAUGGUCUAUAGCGAGCCUUUCACUGGUGCUAACUACAACAAUGGAAGUCUUCCACCUUUUCCUGUGUAUCAGACCAGUGAUAUGAUGGAGAGUCAAUGCUGGUAUGGAGAUACAAGUCUAGCUGCUAGUGGAUUAUCUGAAGUCCAGAUGAACGCAACAUAUGAUGUUACUGAGAACACACAAACUGAUGCAUUGGCUGGAAUUUUCAACCAGAAUCCUCUUCCACCACUGAUCCAUCAUAUGGAAUCGAAGAACUAUGACAGUUCAGUUGAAAGAUCAGGACUAACAUUCUAUGGGCCACAGGAGAGAAGCAGGAAUGGGGGACUAGAUAAUUUAGUGCAGUUGAGUCAAUGGAUGCCCAAGGAAGAACCUAUUUCAUUUAUGGAUACAGACUGUCAAUACGCUGAGCAGAGUCCUGCUUUUCCAGUACAACCAGUAAACGUGAACAACACUCCUGUAUAUCUGUCAGCUUUGAAGGGAGAGGCUGAUACAUCUGAUGUUGCCCCGGAAACCUUGAGGAGUGAGACCAGAACUAACAGAGAACGGGCAAGAGGAGCUGAAAGUCGCCGUAGAUACAUUGUCAGUCAAAGGGUGCAAGCUCUGCAGGCUCUCCUUCCCCCAGCCUUGAAGGAUAAAAGAGGCAACCAAGAAUCAAUUGUGCAAGAUGUCAUCGGUCAUAUCAAGUAUUUACAACUUCAACUCAAGGAAUUGAGCAGAAGCAGACUGGGAGGUGAUUCAAGCUCUGGUCCUUCAAAAUUCAACGAGGGUCAGCAACCACAUGAACAACUUUUUGUUGAGUCUCUUGAAGAAAAUCUUGAAAGCUUACUACAGGAGAAUCCAGCUGAAGCACAUAAACUUUUCGAGAGUAAAGGCCUGUAUGCGGUUCCUAUGGCUUUCAGCAAUGCGCUACUAUGCAACAAAGUGUAGACUUUCAAUGUCAUGAUUAAGUUAUUCAAACAUACUUGUUGCAUACUUGCAUAUAGGUAGUAAAGUUGUGUAAAUAAGAUCACUUCCACGUGCAACCGAAAGAACUUGUUCACUAUUUUGGUAGAUUUCAAGUCCUGGUACUCAUGUGUCGCAGUAAUGGCGCCUCAGAAAAGAAAAUGGUAUGCAAGUUAUUAACUGUUAUGAGUUUGGUUUGGGAUAGGUUUUUUUUGGAGCUAUGGACUGAAA